UGCCCUGGAGCGGAGCGGGAGGUGCUGGUCGGCCUCGCUGAUCUCGGCUGCUCGGCGUCGCCUCUCCCAUCUUAAUUCUAGGACUUUUUUUGUUUUUUUUUUAUUGUAGCGUUUUUAUUUCCAGGUCAGAAUCUGUGUUUCCUGUGCGGCUUGUUUGUACUAAAAAUGGCCGGAGAUGGCGGCGCUCUGAAGGAUAUCAAUGAGAUUAAAUCCCAGUUCCGGACCAGAGAGGGCUUCUACAAGCUGCUCACCCUCUCCGACUCGCAGCAGCGGGGCGGGCUGCCGCGGGGGCCCUCCGCCGGAGCCACGCUGGGCCCCGGGGCCGGACCCGGUCCGAUACCCGGCGGAGGGGUCGGGCUGCUGCAGGGGCCCGGGGCUGCCGCCGCCGCUGCCGCCGCCGCCGCCUCCUCCUCCUCCAAUGCCGCAGCCAACUCCUCUCCGGCGGGCUUCCUGCCGCCGGUCCGGGUCUCCAUGGUGAAGCUGCAGCCGGAGGACCCGAGCGAGGAGUCGGAGCGGGUGUGCUUCAACAUCGGCAGGGAGUUGUAUUUCUACACGUACACCAACAUCAAGAAGGCGGUAGACCUCAGUAAGCCCAUAGACAAGAGGAUCUACAAGGGCACUCAGCCGACGUGUCACGACUUCAACCAGUACUCAGCCACAGCAGAGAGUGUAGCUCUCAUCGUGGGUUUCUCUGCCGGACAGGUCCAGUAUCUUGACCCCAUCAAGAAGGAAACCAGUAAACUCUUCAAUGAGGAGAGGUUGAUAGACAAAUCCAAGGUGACGUGUCUAAAAUGGCUCCCCAAGUCCGAGAACCUGUUCCUGGCCUCCCACGCCAGCGGCCACCUCUACCUCUACAACGUGGACCACCCGUGUGGCACCACGGCCCCGCAGUACUCUCUGCUGCGGCAGGGAGAAGGCUUCGCCGUCUACGCCUGCAAAACUAAGACGCCGCGCAACCCGUUGUUGCGAUGGGCCGUGGGUGACGGAGGCCUCAACGAGUUCGCUUUCUCCCCAGAUGGCAUGCACGUGGCGUGCGUGGGCCAGGACGGCUGCCUGCGCGUCUUCCACUUUGACUCGAUGGAGCUGCAGGGGGUGAUGAAGAGCUACUUCGGCGGGCUGCUGUGUGUGUCGUGGAGCCCCGAUGGGAAAUAUCUUGCCACGGGCGGAGAGGAUGACCUGGUUACCGUGUGGUCGUUCGCAGAAAGCCGUGUGGUUGCAAGAGGUCAUGGCCACAAGUCCUGGGUCAACGUGGUGGCGUUUGACCCUUUCACGACGUCCCUAGAGGAUGAGGAGCCUAUGGAGCUGAGCGGCAGUGAGGAGGACCUCCACCAGGGGGCGCCAAAUAACUCCAUGCACUUUGGCCGGGUCCGAACGAGCAGCACGUUGUCGCGUCUCUCUCGGCAUAGCUCUAAAGGUGGCGGUUCGGCAUCGGUCACAUACAGGUUUGGCUCCGUGGGGCAGGACACUCAGUUCUGUCUGUGGGACUUGACGGAUGACGUGUUAUACCCACGCCUGCCGCUGUCCCGUGCUUUUACUAACACUUUUGGACCCUCGCUGUCCAACUCUGGCAGUGGGGGGGUCAACAGCACCUCAGGUGGGGGAGGAAGCGCAACAGUUGAGGGGCACCAUCACCCGCCAAACACCAACACCGGCACCACCAACCCACCAACGCUCCCCUUACCGCUUCCUCGAUCCCUUUCUCGCUCCAACUCCCUGCCCCACCCAGCCGUGGCAAACGCCUCCAAAGGCCAGGGUGCCUCAGAGGGCGGCGGCGGAGGGGGAGGAGGAGGAGGGAGCAGCGGCGGAGGAAACAGCACCCCCUUCAGUAUUGGCCGCUUUGCCACGCUGUCACUCCAGGAGCGCAAGUCGGACAAGUCAGGCUGCAGCAGCGGGGUGGAGAAGGAGCACAAGAGGUACCACAGCCUGGGCAACAUUAGCAAAAGCAACGACAAGAUCAAUGUGGCGCCGAGGAGCAACCGACUGGACGCCGCCAAGGUCCUGGGCACCACGCUGUGCCCGCGCAUGCACGAGGUGCCGCUGCUGGAGCCGCUGGUGUGCAAGAAGAUUGCACAUGAGAGGUUGACCGUCCUGGUGUUCAUGGACGACUGCAUCAUCACCGCCUGCCAGGAGGGUCUCAUCUGCACCUGGGCGCGGCCGGGGAAGGCGAACUUGACAGCACAGAACGGGAACUCUCCGAGCGGCACGGUGGUAUAGCUGCGGGGGAAGCUUUGCACUCAUCCACUCAUCAUGUCAAAUUAGGGGCCAACAACCAGAGACCCAACCCCACCUACCACUGCAGUAUUAAACCGUCAGUAUAACCCUCUGUACCUGCCACAACCCGAACCCCGCUCCCCUCUGAUUUCACUCUCACGGCGGCCGCUCUGCUGGGAAACUCUUCCUGAAUCAUCAGACUAACAUGAAGUCCUCAGAUAGAUGUCAGACGCUAGCUGAAACAAUCAGCUAGUUAGCCUUUUGCUCUGCUCAGACAAGGUUCUGGUAGCUGGCAGGGCAUGGCCAAAAGUAUGUGGACACCCCUUAAGUGUUAGUUUUAUUUUUUUUAUUGUGUGGAUGAAUCCCCUUACUUUAAAAAAUAUAUAUAUAUUGCUGUCAUGAGGUCAGAACUGCAAUGCUACACUUCAAACUCAGUAACAUGUUAAAUCCCUGGUCUCUCCAGGGUGUUGAAACAAGUAAUGCAAGUUCUCUCGCUCCUCUCUCUCUCUCUCUCUCGCUCAGAGUCGCACUCACAGGCCCCUUUAACACUGCCUAGUUAAGGCAGGAAUAUCACGGUGUUAUGCUGCCUCUGCCCCUGCCCACUGCUCUGUAUCAAAGGUACGAUCCCAUCAAAACGACGUUAUGUGUAAACAGCGAACCUGGCGUGAUGGGUGUGAUGUUUUGACGCCAUGUUAUGUGUGUGACCCACUGCGGAAGAUUUAAAAAGCAGCUGAUAGCAGUUAGCAGCUAACUCAGAGAAGAACACUGGCUGUAAAUAUCAUGCACACUGAAGUGGAGCUAUGGUUAUAGCUUAUAAGUCCAUUUAAGUGAAGUACUGCUCCUGUCCCAGUGUACAAGCACUGGAUGAGAAUGGAUUUAUUGAUGGAAGUAUGUGCAGCCCCGCCACAGUAAGUGGUGAUAUGCGCCCUCUCAGCUUGUUGCUAUUGGACCUUCUUCGGGUUGACUUAUUAAAUCACAUACCAAACAAGCUAGGGUUGCAUGUCGGGUUCUUGCUCCAGCACUCGCCAUGUUGAUACCUUUGUCUUGUUUUGU